AUGAGGCUGUCCUUCGCUUUGUUUGCCGUCCUGCCGGCUCUGUCAAGAGCGUCGCCUUUUGCGCGGCAGCGUCGGCAGUCAUCCGGCUCCUCUUCUUCUGAGCCUCUCCUCGACAUCAACGUGAUUCAGUCGUACUGGGGUCAGAUCACUCCUUACGCGGACAAUGCUGAGAAUUUCUUCGGCGUCAAUGCGACGGGUCUACCAGACGGUUGUCAAGUCGAGCAAGCCCAUCUGCUUCAGCGUCAUGGCUCCCGUUUCCCCACUAGCUACUUUGACGACGGCAUCAACAACGAGGACUUUGCUGCCAAGGUGUACAACUGGACACUGGAAAACUCGACCGAGGAGUUUACUGGCCCGCUCGGCUUCUUGAACUCGUACGAGUACCAGAUGGGCGAAGGCCUUCUGGUUGGGACCGGAGCCGUGCAGCUGUUCCAGUCCGGCGUCACCUUCUGGGAGCGUUAUGGCCGAGUUCUCUACAACGCUACCGUUGGCCAGGUAGCAUACAAUGCAAGUUUCCCGAAUGGGACGGCAAGACCUAAACCAGUGCUGCGCACGACAUCUCAGUCCCGGAUCGAGAACACGCAGAUCAAUUGGGCCCUGGGAUUCUUUGGGACCUCUUUCACGGACACACCCAACCCAACACUGGCGAAUGCCACCAGUCCCUUCAGUCUGGUCGUCAUUCCCGAAGGCGGAACCGAGAACAACACGCUGGCCUCGUACGAUAGUUGUUUCAACGACUACAACCUGCCGGAGGGUUAUAUUGGGGACCUCGACCUGAUGUUUGAAUAUCUUCCCAUCUACCUUGCGGACGCCACCGACCGCCUUUCUCAGUAUGUGCCGUCUGGGUUCAAUCUUACCGUCAACGACACAUAUGCCAUGCAGAGCAUCUGUGCUUACGAGACCAACUAUCUGGGCAGGAGCGACUUCUGCGGCUUGUUCACCGAAGAUGAAUGGGCUGGUUUUGAGAGCACUCUCGACCAAGAAUACUACUAUGACUAUUCGUACGGUAAUCCCACCGGCCGUGCUCAGGGCAUAGGCUACCUGCAGGAACUCCUGGCAAGGCUGCAGCACCAGUACAUCACAGUCUCCAAUUCAAGCGUCAACAGCAGUAUCACCAACAACUCGCGGGAUUUCCCUCUGGACCAAAAGUUCUACGCCGACUUUUCGCACGACGACAUCAUCAUUUCCGUCCUGACUGCCGCUUCUCUGGACUACCUGCGCGACCCGCCCAGUUUGACCGACUAUCCUCCGGACCCUCAGCGACACUUCAUCCUCUCCCACCUGACACCCUUUGCGGCGCGCCUGGUCACAGAGGUUGUAGGUUGCACCUCCGGCAAUCCUUCUCCCCAGAACACCACCAGGACACAGUAUUACCCAGGCCAGUAUGGAUACGAGCCCAGCGAUGCCACCUACAAGUUUGUCCGAAUGCGCCUCAACAAUGGCAUUCUUCCCCUGUCCUCCAUACGCGGUGGAUACUGCGGGAACCGAACAGAUGGACUGUGUCCUCUCGAGGCAUUCAUUCAAAGCCAAGAGUCGAGUUAUGAGCUGAGCAACUAUCAGUACGCCUGCUUCGGGAAUUACACGAUUGACUGGCCAAACAAUGGCACCGACUACGACGGCACGAUUUUCAGCGGCAGCGCCUCCGGUCGCCGUUGA